UACAGCUCAUCUCUCAUCUUCCCCCCUCUCCUUUCUCUCUCAUACUUUCUUUCUCUCUCUAAAACUCAGGAACAAAAUAAAAAACAAUAAUACUACAAGAUAGUACUUCAAGAGAGGGGAAAUAGAAAAAGAAAUCCAAAAGGGCUGCAGUAGUUUUAGUAGUAGUAGAAGUAGUAAUAGUUGUAGAGCACUUCCCACACUUUACUCUCUCUUAUCAGUGUCUUUGUUUUUCUCUCUCUAACAGUUACACAUAGUCACACACUGAAGUGAAGAAGGAGGGAAGGAAGUGGAAAAGGGGUUUUUUUUUUGCAAAUUUUUUGUGGGUUCUUUUUAGUAGUAGGAGUAGUAGUUAUGGAUACUUAUGAAGCAACAAAAAUUGUUCUUUCAAGGAUCCAGAGUUUGGAUCCAGAGAAUGCUUCGAGAAUCACUGGUUACAUACUGAUACAGGACCAAGGAGAGAAGGAGAUGAUAAGGUUAGCUUUUAGCCCGGAAUCCCUUUUAAUGUCCUAUGUCAACCAAGCAAAAGCUUGUUUGGGACUUCCGUCGAACGGUUGCUCAACACCGUCUACUCCUUCUUCGCCUUCCCCUUUCACGAAUAACAACAGCAGCUGUAAUAAUCCCAUGUCAAAUCCUGGUUCUAGGCCGAACCCAUUUUCCCAAACGUCCCCUCGAAUCAUUAUACCGAACAAUAACAGGUUCCAUUUGAACAACCCAUCUUCCCCUUCCUCGCCAUGGUCUUCUAGAACCUCUAGAUCAGCUUCUUAUGCUGCUGUGGUCAAUGGCUCUACUAAUACCGCUUCUGGGUCUUCAAGUUCCUCGCUUUCUUUGCCCUUUUUUAACAAUAACAGCAGUGACUUGAGUGACGAGUUGGGGAACAUUCAAGUUCAAGAUCAGUUGUCGUUUCUCGACGACUCGUUGGAUCCAAUUGUGAGCCCAAGUGGGAGGAGUGAUUCUGUGCUUUUUCCGUACGGGAAUUGUGACGACAACCCGAACCAGCACCACCAUCGGAGGAGUUGCUCCGUCAAUGAUGUUUUCCUUGGUGGUAGUGACGACGGAGGUGGUGGCGGGAACGGUGGCUUUGGUUGGAGGCCAUGCUUGUACUUCGCCAGAGGCUUCUGUAAGAAUGGAACUACUUGCAAAUUCUUGCAUAGUGGGGGUGGAGGAGCGGGUUUUGGUGCUGGAGAUUCUUCGCCUGAUGUCCCUGGGCCUAUGGUGGGGUCUCCGAGCAAAAUCGAUGGCUUUGACGAGUUAAUUAGACUCAAGGCCAUUCAGCAGCAGAGGUUUGCUGCUGCCCAGCAGCUAAUGGCUUCCGGGGCUCCUCCUCCUUUCGCUUUCAACAAGUGCAUGAACUUCUUGAAUGACAGUCCCAGAUCUGCAGCUGCUUCAUUGAUGAUGAGUGAUGAAUUCCAUAAAUUUGGCCGGUGUCGUCCUGAAAGGAGUGAGUUCUCUGCAAUGGGGUUGGGAGGGAGUGCUAGUUCAGCUUCAAGACAAAUUUAUUUGACAUUUCCUGCAGAUAGCACUUUCAAGGAAGAAGAUGUUUCCAAUUACUUCAGCAUGUAUGGACCAGUUCAAGAUGUUAGAAUUCCUUACCAGCAAAAGCGCAUGUUUGGAUUCGUAACAUUCGUCUACCCAGAGACUGUGAAGCUCAUCUUGGCCAAAGGAAACCCACAUUUUGUUUGUGAUUCCCGAGUCCUAGUCAAACCUUACAAGGAGAAGGGCAAAGUUCCAGAGAAGAAGCAUGGACAGCAACAGCCUCAUCUGGAUAGAGAGUUUUCUGGGUGUUUGAGUCCUUCAGGACUUGAUUCUAGGGAGCCUUUUGACCUCCCAUUUGGAGCGAGAAUGUUUUACAACACCCAAGAGAUGAUGCUGAGAAGAAAGCUGGAGCAGGAGGCAGAAUUACAGCAAGCCAUUGAACUCCAGGGUCGAAGGCUCAUGAGUUUACAACUGAUGGAUAUGAAGAAUCAUCACCAUGGCCAUCAAUUCCAGCCUGGAUCUUUUCCUGGUGUGACAGUUUCUCCUACGACUCUGCCUCAGUCGCAGGCUAAUGAAGACCUCCAUCUACCUUCUGAGCGAGCCAAUUUAGAAGUCUCUGAAGAUCUUAAUAUUAACCAAGAAGCUGCUAAUUCUCCACCAGUUUUGAGUGAUGAACAAUUUCCCGAGGAACUAACUAAGGCUGUUGGCUUUGGGAAUGACUCUGGCAACAAAGAGGAGAGCUCAAAAGUUGAGCACACUGAUGCUCGUGAAAGCAGCUUGGAGAACGCCCUUCCAGAUAACCUCUUUGCUUCUCCUACUAAAUCAGCUGCUGACCUACAGUCUGCAUUUGCUCCUACUUCUGCAGGUGGUGAUGACGUUUCCUCAAUGAAAACCUCAUCAUCAUCAUCAGCUAUUAACUACAUCCCAAUGCUGCCCCCAACUUCUACACUAAGCAUGGCUUCUCUAAAAUCUUGUUACUUUCAAAUGCCAAGGUUUUCUUCAGGGCAAGAAGCCACUGAAAUUUAGGAGAUAGAAGUGUGAAAAUGGCUAGCAAGGAGAUUAGCUUAGCUUUUGGUAAGAACAAAUGUGUCUUACUUCUAUUAACUUUGCCAUUUUCUUCAAUAAUGCAAACUAUUUAACUGAGAUUUCAUUCACUUAUUGGGUAUGGUUUUUGAAUGUUCCAUGAUGCAGGAAAGUUGAGUAGCUAGCAAAUAUAGAGAAGUAAAAGAAUCACCUAGCUGUAUAGCAAAAAACCAUACCACCAACAGGCAGAAGAAAAAAAAGAUCUGUAAGGAAGAUCUCCCCAAGAUUAUUGUCAUCAUCAAUACCAUACUACUUACAAUACAUAAUGCAUCAUACAUAAAGGACAGAUGAACUGAUUUAUGGGAGUGGGGUCUUGCUUUGUUUAUUUUGUGUACCCUCUCUUCUGUAGAAGUAGUAAGAGUAGUAAUAGUAGUAGUAGUAGCAGUGUGCUGGACCACACCAGAGGAAAAAAAAAAAGAAAGAAAAACAAUGGCAUCAUAACAAAGGCAGGAGAAGUAACUUUUAUCAUACAAUGUUUAUUUACUACUACUGUCCAUCCAUCUUCCAUCACAUCUUCCUUUCUACUUUUUCUUACUUUCCUACACUAUGUUUAGCAAAAACCCAAAAGGUAAAAACCAAGAAAAAGGUUUAAUUAAUUAAUUUUCUGAGCACAACCCAUGAAUGAAUGAGAAAGAUUCAAAGAUGUACUGAUUCAUACUGAAGGGUUGCAGGAAGCAUCUCAUUUAAAUUUUUUCUCUGACCAACUCUGUGUGGCCCUGAUUGAUGAAGAAGAUUUUAAAGAAGUACUAAUAAUGCAUGAUGCAGUAGCAUAUAGCAGAAGCAGAGAAAAGGAAGCAUCCCAAAUGUGUCCAAAAUGCACUAAAACAGUAGUACACCUACUUGACUGAUUUUAUUAGAUUAUUCAUAACCCAAAAGGGAAAACAAGUGAUUUAAUUAAUAAAAGCUUGAUUUCUAAGCUCUUUUUCUUGUUUGUCCCUGUCACUGUCAUGGUUUUCAAUUAAAUGGUGCAUUAGAUUACAAUGUGAUUUGUGCACACGAACGAAAAUUCUGAACCCACACACACAUGACACACCUCAACAGGAU